AUGGAUGAGACAGAAACUAUUGCGGGGUGGAGAGGUGGAGCUGUACAAGGCCAGUCACCGGACAAGCUGGGGCUCACCGUUUGCUACCGCACCGACGGGGAGGAGGACGCCGGCAUCUACGUGAACCCCAACAGCAUCGCGGCCAAGGAUGGGCGCAUCCGUGAGGGCGACCGCAUCAUCCAGAUUAACGGGGUGGAGGUGCAGGACCGGGAGGAGGCCGUGGCCUUCCUCACCCGGGAGCAGCAAACCAACAUCUCCCUCCUCCUCGCCCGCCCCGAGAGCCAGCGCUGGAAGGACAGUGACCGCGAGGAUUUCCUCGACGACUUUGGCUCCGAUGAGGACGGGGAGCUGCGGCAGCGGGGGCCCUGGACCCCCCCGGGGCAGCCCCCCAGCCCGGCCACCCCCUGCCCGCGGGGGGCCGAGCCCGACAGCGGCGUGGGGCGGACGGACGAGAGCACCCGCAACGAGGAGAGCUCAGAGCACGACCUGCUGGGGGAGGAAGGGGGCGAGGGGCCCCCCUUGCGCCCCCCGCCGACCCCCCGCCGCGGGGCGCCCCCCCCCAAGCCCGGAGCCGGCGCCGGCGCCAGCCCCAGGGGGCGACCGGGGAGACCCGGCUCCGGAUCGAGCUCCGGGGCUGCGGGAAGAGCCGCGCCCGCAGGGAGGGUGGGAAAGGCCGGCGGCGGGCCGGGGGUCGCGGUGGGGGGCAGGAGCGGAGGCGCCCCCCCCGCCGCCGCCGUGGGGCCGGGGGCGCUGCCCGGGCUCAGCCAGGCCGAGCUGCGGCGCUACCGGCAGCUGCGGGGGCGGCUGGGGCCGGCGGCGGGCGCGGGUCGGGCCGAGCUGGCGCUGCUGGAGGAAGAGCUGCGGCACCUCGAGUUCAAGUGCCGGCACCUGCUGCGGGUGCAGAAGAUGGAGCGGCUGCGGGAGCGCUGCCUGCGGGCCUGGCUGGAGGCGGCGGGCGCCGAGCCCCCCUUGGCCGACAUCUCGGAGGCCCCCGAGCGGGACAGCACCAGCGCCUACAACACGGGCGAGAGCUGCCGCAGCUCCCCGCCGCUGCGCGGGUUGGCGGCCGCCGCCGCCGCCACGGCCAAGGGCUCCCGGGGCAAGCGGCCGGGCCGCGACCGCCUGCUCAAGGCGCGGGCCAUCAAGAUCCUGGAGGAGCGCGGCGGCGGCUCCACCACCGACGACGACGCGCGGAGCGAGCUCAAGACGGGGCGAUACUGGAGCCGCGAGCAGCGCAAGCAGCACCUGGCGCGCGCCCGCGAGCAGCGCCGACGGCGAGAGCUGCUGCUGCUGCAGAGCCGUGGGGAUGCGCCGCCCCCCGGGGGUGUCGCCGGGGGGCUCGGGGGGGGGCUUGGGCCCCCCCCCGAGCCCUCCGGCGGCACCCCCGGGACUCGGCGGUGCCUCCGCAAGCGGAACCGCCGCAUCCUGGACAACUGGGCCACCAUCCAGGAGAUGUUGGCCCGCGGGCCCCGGGCGCCCGACGGCGGCCGCCUCGACAACCCCCUCCUCUCCGUCACCACCGUCUAGCGGGGGCGACCCCCCCCCCCACCCCCGAGCCAAGGGGGCCCCUCUCCCCCCCCCCCCCCCAUUGUCGUCUCUGUGAAUGUGGCUGGGUUUGGGUUUUUUGGUUAAUUUUCCCCAUCAUCAUCCAUCCCCCCCCUCCCCGGGGCUGGGAGGGACCCAGGCAUCCAGCCCAGCCCUCCCCCUCCCCCAACAGCCUGGGGUGCUCCCCCCGACCCCCCCCCCCAAUGUCCUCCCCCACCCCCGUGUCCCUUGUCAAUGUCUGUACAGACCUGGGGGGAGGGGCAGGGCUGCAUCUCGGGAAUAAAGGAAAGCUGUUUUUACUCAUUUCA